UCCAUGUUGUAUUUACUUGAGCUUGCAACGAGAAGCAGGUCAAAUCUCUCCCGAUUUUAAACAGAAAACACAAAUAAAAUGGCUCUUCCUUUCUUACCAGGGAAUACUUUUACAGAUCCAACGAAAGCAAAGUUUCAUCGGCCACAGACCUUAGGAUGGCGGAAUGGCUAUUCGCUUCCCGUUGCCCCUUCAUCAGGCAUCGGUGGCGAUCCUAUUCCUGUAAAUAAACUAACACAAGAAGAACUUGAUGAACUAGCAAACUUAAAACCAAGUCUUACGUAUGGACAAAAAGUCCAAGCGCCUCCAGAGGACUUUGUGCCUGCUCAUGUUGCCUUCGACAAGAAAGUGUUGUUGUUCCAUGGAUACUUUAAGCAAACUGUCCACGAGUCUCCUGGAGAAUAUUACAGAGUUAGACCUGUAAAAAUAUAUUAUUAUCUAGAGGAUGACUCUAUUGCUGUCAUAGAACCAGUAGUUGAAAACAGUGGUAUUCCUCAAGGGAAACUCAUCAAAAGGCAAAGAUUGCCAAAGAACGAUCUUGGUGAAUACUGGCAUUGGAAAGACUUCAAUUUAGGAAUCUGUGUGACAUUUUAUGGCAAAGUGUUUUUUGUGUGUGAUUGUGAUGGUUGGACGAGGGAAUUUAUGGCCAGUGAAGGAAUUGAUCUCAAUCCGCCAGAGUCAAUCUCUAAUGACCCUUAUACACAGUCUCGUAAACAGCCCCUGCGCUCCUAYAUCACCCCAUCUGACUUUGAUAAACUAAAGCAGUUUAUUGAACUAGACAGACAAGUGCUGAGAUUCUUCUGUGUUUGGGAUGACAGGGAUAGCAUGUUUGGAGAGAUGCGGCCAUGUAUACUUCACUACUAUCUAGUUGAUGAUACUGUUGAAAUCAGAGAAGUUCAUAAGCCUAACGAUGGAAGGGAUCCAUUYCCAGUCUUAAUUUGUAGACAGAAACUUGCUAAAAACAGAGACAAUGUAGAAUCAUCAUUCCCUUCCUGUGUACUGGAGCUCUCAGAUCAUGAGAUCAAGGAUUGGUUCACCCCCAGAGAUUUGAUGGUUGGUCAAACAAUUUACUUGCUUGGCAGACGGUUCUUACUGUUCAACUGUGAUGAAUUCACUAARAACUACUACAGAAACAAGUUUGGAGUCACUGAUUUUACUCCAGUUGGGAUCUCAGAUGAGGAAAGGGAAGCCAUYCAGAAGGUAACUCCACCUUACAAUGGCUUUGGAUCACUUGAGGACAGUCUUCAGUCCUGUCUGUCCCUCAUUCCACAGCCUCCAAAGAAAGAUUUUAUCAAAAUGUUGGAAAAUGACCACAAAGUCCUGAGAUAUGCGGCAACAAUGGAAACCGUCAGACCUGAGGACAAAACUCGACGCUUUAUUCUCUCGUAUCGUCUCGCCGACGACAUGCUUACCAUCUACGAACCCCCUGUGAGAAAUGCAGGCAUCAUUGGRGGCAAAUUCCUCGAACGYACCAAAGCUACAAAACCUGGCUCUUCAGUCGAUAACCCAGAAUUCUACACGCCAGCGGACUUCCGUAUUGGCAGCAUYAUCGAGAUUUUCAAGCACAGAUUCAAGAUUGUAAACGCUGAUGAGUAUGUGUUGAACUAUCUUGAAGCCCAUGCAGAAAGCUAUCCUAUUGARACGAUAAAUUCCAUCAGAGAAGUCCAUGGCCGACCGCCCACUACUACAGCGGAUCUUGUGGCAUCGGUACCUCAAGGAGAUAUUGAUCCUAGGCCUGUUGGUAAUGGCUUGGGCAUUAAGACGGAAUAUCAAAGAAGAUUUUGAAAUGAAGAUUUAGAAUAUAGAUAAUAAGCCACAAAUGUAUUUUACUUGCUCGGAAUAUAGAAGAUUUCACUUUCUUGUAAAAUAUGGUAUUAUAUAUAUUGUCUCGAUCGAAUUGUAACAGUUUUUUCACUAAAAAAUCGAUAUUAUUGUCAUGAAAAUAUUGUGAGCUGUUUCGCUGUAAAUACGAAAACCUUGUUUCUUUUGUCUUGAUUUUAAUCUUCGGAGRGAUUAUCUGGAAUUUCASGAAGUCUUAAUUUGAAUUUUUGAAAUAAAAUUGAAAAUGAGA